AAUAUAUCGAAGUUUUACCCAUCUCCAUUUCGGCUAGUAUGACUUUGAAUUUUACAGAAAAAAGAACUUAUAUUUGCGAAAAACUUAGCAAUGCCCUCGUUUAAAGUUAAGGUAAAGUGGGGCCGGGAGCUCUACACAGAUAUUGAGGUAAACACCGACGAGGAGCCCAUCUUGUUUAAAGCCCAAUUGUUUGCACUUACUGGCGUCCAGCCGGAGCGUCAAAAGGUCAUGUGCAAGGGUGGCAUUCUUAAGGAUGAUCAGUGGAACUUGCAAUUGAAAGAUGGAGCUGUUGUUUUGUUGCUGGGCAGCAAGGAAAGUGUACCAGAAGUGCCUGCUACACCGGUCAAGUUCAUCGAAGACAUGAAUGAAGCGGAAGCCGCAACAGCCAUGCGUUUACCAGCCGGGCUUACAAACCUUGGCAAUACAUGCUACAUGAAUGCCACCGUUCAAUGCUUAAACGCGGUGCCUGAGCUUCGUACUGCCUUGACAGCCUAUAACCACGAUGGAACCGACACGAUGUCAACUGCAUUUUCAAUUUCAUCUGCCAUGAAAUCCAUAUUUGCUCAGAUGGAGAAGGGCACUACCGUGACUCCAAUAGUCCUGCUACAGGCUUUGCACAGGGCAUCUCCACAAUUUGCCCAGACCGGUGAAAACGGUACCUACCGCCAACAGGAUGCCAACGAAUGCUGGGCAGAAAUUUUGAAAAUGCUUCAGCAAAAGCUUCGUCCCACAAACCAAGACCCUUCGAGUACUGCUGUCCAAAAGAAGCAACACAGCUCAUUCAUUGACCAAUGGUUCGGAGGAACUUUUGAAAUAAAAAUGAGUUCGGAGGAAGUUCCCGAUGAACCCUCCACAGUGACAACUGAGAACUUUCUGCAGUUGAGUUGCUUUAUCUCAAUGGAUGUCAAGUAUAUGCAGAGUGGUCUAAAAUCGAAAAUGAAGGAGCAAUUGGUGAAGAAAUCGGAGACUUUGGGACGCGAUGCUCAGUACACUAGAAACUACUUGGUAAGCCGUCUACCGGCAUAUUUGACGGUCCAGUUUGUUCGCUUCCAAUACAAAGGAAAGGAAGGAAUUAAUGCGAAGGUAUUGAAGGAUAUUAAAUUCCCGAUAGACUUUGAUGCCUUUGAGUUGUGCACUCCGGAGUUACAAAACAAGUUGUGUCCCAUGCGCGCCAAAUUUAAGGAUCUUGAAGACAAGAAAAUGGAAGUGGACGUUGUGAAGCCAAAUGAAGCGAAGGAGGAGAAGAAGGACAUCAAGUACGAGCAGUUUUGGUUCGAUGACGACCUGGGAAGCAACAAUUCCGGAUACUACACCUUGCAGGCUGUGUUAACACAUAAGGGCAGAUCAAGUUCUUCUGGACAUUAUGUGGCCUGGGUGCGUUCUAGCGGCGACGUUUGGUUCAAAUUCGAUGACGAUGACGUUUCGACUGUGACCUCUGAAGAGAUUUUGCGGCUGUCUGGAGGCGGGGACUGGCAUUCUGCGUACGUACUUCUUUAUGCACCCAGACGCUUGGAAAAGAUAUAAAAAAUUGUGUUAACGUCAUGUAUUGUUAAUAUAAUAAACCAGAAUAAAGUAUCAAAAUUUAAUUUUCGUA